UUUCUUGAAGUCUCGAGAUCGGACGCAGCAGAAGUUUUACUCUCAGCUGACGAGGACUCAGAUGUUCACUCAGUUCAUCGAGGAGUGCUCCUUCGUCAGCGACCGACACGCCUGCCUGGAGUUCUUCGACGAGUGCGUCCAGAAGGUGGACGUGGAGAAGCCCGAGGAGGUGAGGCUGGUCGACCUGGACGAGACUCACAGCGGGGAACACACGGUCUUCAUCAUGCCUCCCGAAGAACCGCAGGAACCCGACGGCUCCGAGUGUCCCGCCCUCUACAGUUAUGAAACUUUCCCCACGCUGAAGCCGGAGCUCUUCGACCGACCUCAGGACCAACUCAGAGUCCCCACUAAAGGAAGCGCCCCCAGUAGCCCCGCCCCCAGACGCACAAAACAGGAGAUCAAGCUGGCCCAGAAGAAAGCUCAGAAGUACUCCACCGUGCCUGACAUGUGGUCCAAGUGUCUGCUGGGUCACUGUUACGGCCUCUGGUUCAUCUACCUGCCCACCUUCGUACGGGCGGAGAGCGCCAAGGUCCGCACGCUGCACGCGGCCUACGACGUCCUCAAACACAUGGAGAACCGCAAAGUGGUGCUGCCAGACGAGGUGUGUUACAGGAUCCUGAUGCAGCUGUGUGGUCAGUACGGUCAGCCCGUCCUCGCUGUUCGAGUCCUGCUGGAGAUGAAGAAGGCUGGAAUCACACCCAACACCAUCACCUAUGGAUACUACAACAAGGCCGUGCUGGAGAGUAAGUGGCCGUCCACCAGUCAGGGCGGGCGUCUCCGCUGGGCCAAGCUGAGGAACGUCCUGCUGGCUGUGGCUCAGUUCAGACAGCCAAUCAAACGGCAGCAGAAGAGCGGCUCCACGGGCUCACGGGGAGAAACAACGAUUGACCCUGACCAGAGGCUCCGCCCCCAGUCGACUCUGAUUCGUCAGUCCAGUUGGAGCGGUCUGUCCGAGAGCUCCAGUCACGAGUCUCUGACGUGUCUGAUGGUGAAGAGCAACAGUCUGAGCAGCAUGAAGACGCCCAGCGACAGGCUGAGGCUCUGCAAGAAGACCAUCCUCAGUAACGCGGGGACCAACGGCUGCACUGACUCCGCCUCCUGUAAGCCUCCGAUGGGACGCAGAGACACCUCCACCCCUCCUCCUCCGGCGGCCCCUGGUGGUGUGGUGGUGCGUCGGAGUCAGGUCUGCCUCUCCACCUUCUACAAAGACUGUGCAGAGUCGGCCGAAUCCGAGCCCGACUGCUGCCAGCCUGCAGAGAGAGACGGCAGACCUGCCGGGACUCGUGACACGGUUGGCAGGAACAAAGCCGUAGACGAGAACUACAACAACGUCUCCUCCCCGAGCAGAGGAGGUCUGGCAGGAAAACUGCAGCAGCUCCUCACCCCGACCAGACACCGAGUGUCCGUCAGACGAGCCGCCAGCGUGGACGACAGGAGGCCCGGAGGAGGAGGAGGAGGAGGAGGAGGAGGAGGGGUGGGACGGAGAGUGUCUGAGCAGAGGCAGUCCAGGAAAGCUCAAGUGGCUGAAACGCUGCUGAAAGCCAAAGAGAGGCUGGUCAGCGCUACGUCUGAGAGUUCGCUGUCAGUAGGAAGUGACCUGGACCUGACGGACAUGCCGAGUCCAGCCUAUCCUCUGCGCAGGUCCUGGGACGCCAAUCAGGAGGGGGCGGGGCUAGAGGUGUUGAUGUCGAGCUGCUCUCUGUGUCGCAGCUGUAACUCGCUCGUUUACGACGAGGAGAUCAUGGCGGGCUGGACGUCAGACGACUCCAACCUGAACUCGUCCUGUCCGUUCUGCAGCGCGUCCUUCGUCCCCUUUCUGAACGCCGAGAUCUGCGACCCCGGACCCCUCAGCAGUGCAGAGCGCUGCAACUGGAACGUGGAGGACGAGGUGGAGAGCGCGGUGAGGCCCCCUAGUGUUCAUGAACCCUCAGUGCGAUCCCAUCAGUGUAACGGUCUGAGCGACGACUCCAGUUCAGAGACCAGCAGCUACUCA